AUGGAUACGUGGAAGAUCAUCAUCAUCACCCUCGCCGCCAUCAUUACGAUCCUGGCAUUAGGCGCACUGCUAUGGCUGUGCAUUACGCUGCUGGUAUUCUACCUGGUUAUGCUGAACAUAGACGUCGUCUUCACCGGGGGGCCGUGGCGGCUCACGGCGCCCAGCACGCGGCCCAGACGCAGAAGAGUCAAAAGCCAGUGA